CCAUCCUCGUACAACAACACGACGCGCGUGUCACUUCCGGGCUCGGACUGCAAAGUGCAACAUGAAGGUCUGUAUGAGAGCCGGCGGAUGAAUGCGGUGGCAGAGCUGACUGUAACAGGGCCGGAGGACGGAUACAGACACCGGAGUAGUGUGGAGCUGUGGGCAUUUUAUUGCCAGGGAUUACGAGUCAAGCUCUCCAAAAGAAAGAAGGAAGACAAAGAAAGGGACAGAAGAAAAGAGGGACUGACUGCCACCGCGGGAGGACCUUUUUCUCACACCUUAUCUUCACAGCUUCACCAAGAUGAAGCUGAAGGAGGACCUGAACCCCAUGCUGCUGCUCCUCUUCCACCUAAUGGUAUGGAUCUACACCUUCAUCACCUUCCUGCCGUCCUACGUCCUCAGCUGGGUCUCCAGAUCCAACGAGGGCUUCCUCGGCUCCGAGGAGGAACGAGCAAAGAGAGCGAAGGCCCGCUCGGUGCUGGGACGGCCCGAGGGACCCUACCGAGCGGUGAGCGCCACCAAGAGGUUGGUGACUUCGCUGCACCCAGGAGUGGACACCCUGGAUAAGAUGUUCGAGUACGCAGCCACAAAGUUCCCACACAGAGACUGUCUAGGGACGAGGGAGGUGAUCAGUGAGGAGGACGAGCGUCAGAGCAAUGGAAAAGUGUUCAAGAAGGUGGUUCUGGGUGAGUACCGCUGGCUCUCCUACAAGGAGGUCCUCACAGCAGCGUCCCAACUGGGCAGUGGUCUGGCAUCGCUGGGGCAGCGGCCCAAAAACAACAUCGCCAUGUUCUGUGAGACGCGAGCCGAGUGGAUCAUUGCUGCCCAGGCCUGCUUCAUGUACAACUUCCGACUGGUCACCCUUUACUCUACACUGGGUGGUCCAGCCAUUGCUCACGGACUGAAUGAGACACAGGUCACCCACGUCAUCACCAGCAGAGAGCUCCUGGAGACCAGACUCAAGGCUAUCCUAAUUGAAGUUCCAAGGCUGCAGCAUAUCAUUGUAGUGGACAACACACCAACCUCAUGGCCCGGAUAUCCACGUGGCAUCAGUGUCCACAACAUGGCUGCUGUUCAAAAGCUAGGAGCCAAGCCUGAAAAUGUGGCACGUGAGCGUAAGCAGCCGCUGCCAUCAGACAUUGCAGUCAUCAUGUACACCAGCGGAUCAACAGGCAUACCAAAGGGUGUCAUGAUCUCCCAUAGCAACAUCAUCGCUGGUAUCACGGGCAUGGCCGAGCGGAUACCCAACCUGUGUGAGGAAGACACCUACAUUGGCUACCUGCCUCUCGCCCAUGUACUGGAGCUCAGUGCAGAGCUCGUAUGUGUUUCUCAUGGCUGUAGGAUCGGCUAUUCCUCACCUCAGACUCUCGCUGACCAGUCAACGAAGAUCAAGAAGGGAAGCAAGGGAGACACCAGCGUCCUGCAACCCACUCUGAUGGCAGCUGUCCCGGAGAUCAUGGAUCGUAUCUAUAAGAACGUGAUGACCAAGGUGGAGGAGAUGAACUGUGUCCAGCGAACACUCUUCAUUCUGGCAUACAACUACAAACUGGAGCAGCUCGCCAAAGGAUACAGCACACCUUUAUGUGACAAGCUGGUGUUCAAGAAAGUUCGCUCUCUGCUGGGAGGUCAGACGCGAGUCUUGUUAUCAGGUGGAGCGCCGCUCUCCGCCGCCACCCAACGCUUCAUGAACGUGUGUUUCUGCUGCCCGGUGGGUCAGGGAUACGGCCUGACUGAGACCUGCGGUGCUGGAACCAUUAGCGAGCUGUGGGAUUACAGCACUGGGAGAGUGGGAGGUCCACUGGUUUGCUGUGAGAUCAAGCUUAAAGACUGGGUGGAGGGUGGUUACCGUAGCACCGACAAGCCAAAUCCUAGAGGAGAGAUUCUGGUUGGUGGAUCCAACGUAACCAUGGGAUACUACAAGAACGAGGCAAAAAACCAUGAAGACUUCCUUGUAGAUGAGAAUGGCCAGCGGUGGUUCUGCACAGGCGACAUCGGAGAGUUUCAAGAAGACGGAUGCCUCAAGAUAAUUGAUCGUAAGAAAGACUUGGUGAAGCUGCAGGCAGGAGAGUACGUCUCCCUGGGAAAGGUGGAGGCCAUGUUGAAGAACUGCUCUUUGGUCGACAACAUCUGUGCCUAUGCCAACAGAAAGCUCGACUCUGCUACCAGACGGGUACCGAGCUAUUGGAAGACCUGUGCAUACAACAAGGGCCAUGGAGAGCUGGUCCUCAAGAUCAUCACUGAGAUGCUCUGA